ACAUAAAUUUUCAUCGGUAAAAAUAUUGGGGGAAAAUGGCAAGAGCAGGAGGGAUAACGAACGCUGUAAACGUAGGGAUUGCGGUCCAGGCCGAUUGGGAGAAUCGCGAAUUCAUCUCUCACAUUUCCCUCAAUAUUCGUCGCCUCUUCGAAUUUCUCCUUCAAUUCGAGGCUACGACGAAGAGCAAAUUAGCAUCAUUGAACGAGAAGCUCGACACUUUAGAACGUCGUUUGGAGCUUCUUGAGGUUCAAGUUGGAACUGCUACUUCUAACUCUUCUCUUUUCAGUACGUGAUUCCAUUUUAGAAUUGUACUUGUUUUAAUAUCUUUGUGGUGAUUCAGUUCUUAUUAUAGUUUUUUCCCCUUUCGUUUUACCUUGUAAAAAACAUAGUUUUCUUUUCAUUUUCCUAUGUGGUAAACUUGUUGAUUAGUGAAUUUUGCUUUUGUAUC